AUGACUACUACACUACUAAACACACUAGCCCUGGAGGUGAAUCAGUUUGACACAAGUGGUCAAGAGAGCCUCAAUGCAUUACUCGAAGAUUCAAGCAACUUCUUACAACUGUUGAAAGAGUUGGAGUCUGAUUUAGAAAAAGAAAUAAAUGUGGAGCAAGGGGAGCCACAGGUGCAAAAUGGUAAUAGUCGUAAAACCACUAAAGAACAAAUUAGUGGGUUACUGAAGCAAAUGGAUAAUUGGUAUAAAGCUUCAAUAAAUCGACUCAAGACUUACAACACCGCCAAUAAUCGAUUUCUGAAGAAUGUGCUCAAUAAUAACAAGUUUGGUGUCAAUUUAGAUAAUGCUUAUAUAUACCCUUUGAACAUGGAUAGCUAUCCUGUGGAAGAUUUUGAUCUUGACGCAUCGUUGAAUGAAAUAGGUAUGGGCUCAAUCAAUCGGAUCCCACAGGAAUUAGAAAACAAGAGUAUUAGGCAGGAGAAUCGACAAGAGUUGAUUAAAGCUAUAAUCUUGCAUUUGCUAAAGAUUGGCCAAAGCAAUAUUGUUCCCACCAUGGUGAAGCAAUUGUUAAAUGACCCUACGAUAUCAGUAGACGAGGAGCUAGCAGAGAAGUUCAAAUUGCUCAACCUGAUUGUUGAUGAUAUUUGCAUUCGCCACGACUUGACUCAUGCUUUGGGUUGGUUUGAAACUAAAUUCAACGAACGAGCUAUCGGGAAAGUGCCUUUGAUUGAAAGAAGUGGGGCUUUGAGUGAAGUCGAAUUCAAAUUCCAUAUGCUUCAAUUUAUUAUUUUAUUAAAUGGGAAGGAGCUGAAAUUUACUUCCAAUGAUGCAUUAGAAGCAUAUUUUUACUCACGAGAUCACUUUAGUAAGUUUUUGAAGGAUUACCUUAAUGAACUAGCGCCAUUGAUGUCGUUAAUUCUUUUCAACUCAGAUUCAGGAAUUGAAAACUUUUCACGCCAGAAGCAUAAGGAAACUGCUAUAAAUAACUUUAUUGAAAAGUUGAAGCAAGGGUUUUCUAUAGAGGCUGAAGAGGUUCUUAGCAACGGUCAUCAAAGCCAAGCAGAGUUUGUUUCCGAAUUGCUCAAUAGCUUCAAUAACGUCCAUGAAAAUGAGGAGUUGUUUGCUAAUUUGUCUCAUGAUUUUGUUGCCGAGUAUUGUAAGGACUUGAAGUUGUCCAGCGACUCAUCCUUAUUUCAAAGCGUUUUGGCAGGCCAUAUUUACCUACCAAGUUUUUACAAAUACAAUCUGAUUGAGUUAAAGAUGAAGAAGUUCAAUGAUAAGUCUCAACCCAGUCCAUCAGAGAAGGAUAUGUUGAACAACGUUGCGUCAUUUCAUUUUGAGUUGCCAUUUCAGCUACCAGAUUCGAACAGGUUUCUCUUCAGAAACCACCCCAUUUUCAUCUGUCCUGUUACACGAGAGCAAUCGAUACCACUUUCAGAGACUACAGAAGAGUCAAUAAUAGUCAAUACUGAUGCAAAUGGUCAACUUGUAUCAAGGAAGCGAAAGAUUGCCGUUGAUAAUCCACUAAACACACAAGUGGUUGCAUUGAAGUACUGUAAUCAUUUAGCAUUGAAAGAAAGUGUCUGGCACCUUUCGAAAAAGGGAAUUGAUGUUUUCAAAUGUCCUUACUGUUAUAAGAAGCAUAAAUUUACUGAUGCGGUAGAUGCCUACUUUAUAGAUUUAUAA